CGUCACAUAAUGUAAAUGUGAAUUAACGAGACGCGACUUUUGUGCUUUAAAAGGCAAAUAUUCUGUUUACUUAUGAGUGUUUUUCGAGUUUCAGGGUUUAAGUAUGAUAGUAUGCUUUUACUGUGUAAUGAGGAAGUGUGUGUGUGUAUACAGGCUGUGUUGUUAGCAGGUGAGGUAAACUUUAAGCUUCAGAGCUACACAUGCUAGUCUGUGCUGGGAAAUAAGAAGCAGGCUGAGAGGUAAAGAAGUGUCGCCGAGAAGCAAGGAAGAGGAGACCGCUCGGUGUGGAGGUUAUGGCGCACAACCCCGAAACUCUUCCGUCAGACGCGGGUCUGGUCGCGGAGCUGUCCGUUUCCUUCCACGAGGAGCUCAGCGCGAGCAUCCAGAGCGCCUUCGGUGUCGCCGGAGAGCUGGCGGUGGCCGAGGUCUCCAAACUGGUCGGGAAAGCGUUCCGCGAUGUGCGCGAUCAGCUGCACAAAACCCUGCUGGCGAACCGGAACCUCCAGGCGAGACUCAGCCUGACGCAGACGGAGCUUCGCGCUGCGCGGAGACGCGCGCCGGACACGCGCGAUAUCGCCGUCGGCACGAGCGAGUGUUUUAAACGGACGCACAGGGACGCGGUGUGUCAGAUCGGACAGGACGUUAAACCUGAUCUAACACGAGGACAGGAUUUACUCCAGAUCCGGGAGGGUGCAGGCCUGAGCUUUAACACUCCUGAUCUUAUAGUAACAGACAUAAAAGAGGAUCAUCAUGCUGUACAGGAAGACGCUUCACGUGCUGAGCGGGCGUGCAUUGGGACGGCAUUGGUACCCGAAGCGUCAGCGGCCCACAUAAAGGGCUGUAUGUCCUUCGAGUCUGGUCUUACAGCAAAGUUGGAGGAGGCUGAUGAGUGUGCUCAUCCGGACACCAAGUCCAACACCGAGCAGGAGAUUAUCUUAGACUCCCUCUCAGUGGCUCAGUCCAAGUUAUUGGAGGUGUGGAGACCUGAACCACUGCCUCUUCAGAGCUGUCAAUCAAACUCCUAUGGUUCCUCUGGCAGCUCCGCUCUGGCAGCCAACACCUCUCUCUUCCAAGAAGAUCUACCAGGCAUGGACUUCCUGUCUUCAGCGUCCUCCGGCCAGCCAGACACCUGCCAUAUACAGCUUUCCCAGAGAGAUGCUUCCUCCCUAACUAACCCCGCCCCUAAUUCACUUUUCCUCAGUCACACCUCUGGACAAGGGCACGCCUCAGACCAGCCCUUUCCUACGCCGGAGGACGUGCACAGGUAUCGCGGCCUCCUGCAGCCCAAACCAGCCAGCCAUCAGCAGAGGAGUACCAGACGCAGCCUGUACCCGCCCGGACGAAGUCCGUUCCGCUGUUCUCAGUGCGGCCGAGACUUUAACCGCUUGGAGCACCUGAAGAUCCAUCAGAGGAUCCAUACUGGCGAGAAGCCGUACGCUUGCAGCGAGUGCACUGCACGGUUCAGACACUCAUGGGCGCUCACACGCCACUUGCGCAUCCACACGGGCGAGAAGCCGUAUUUGUGCACGCAAUGUGGGAAAAGCUUCCGGAACUGCGGCGGGCUGCGCUUCCAUCAGAGGACACACGCGCGGCAAAGCGGCCUGACAAACAACAGACCCAAUUUAGAGGAUUACGGGAGGACGUGAGGGAGAGCUUUAAACAUUUUUAGAUUCUUUUUUGUUUCUAAGUUUGUUUGCAUAAACAGGACUUUUCCAUAUUAGAGCAUGGAGCAUACUGUUGAUAUAUAAUCACCAAAAUGUUAUGACUCGACCAUAUUGGAAAGAAGGAAAAAAUUUUGAAGAAAAUUAUUUUUUAAAAAUUUCCGAGCAUGAAUUAUGGCUAUAAUUCUGGUCAUGAUGAAAGCGGAAGAGAUAAAGGUCAUCAGUUGAAUUUUACAAUUGUUUUUUAUAUUAUUUAUAAAAUUGUAAAAUGAUCCAAAUUCAAACGCAGUAGAUUUAUCUAACCAAACGUACUGUGCGUGUAUGUGGUAUCCAUAAUGUGGUUCUCUCCUAAAAUGUGGAAAUGUGAGCAGCCUGUGUGGACCAACACUGAUCAGCCAUAACUUUAAAACCGUCAACAUUAACACCACCUACCACAGGUUGUAGGUUUCUCUUGUGCCAUGGUGCCUGGCAUCGGGACAUCAGCCUCAGGGUGCUGCGGGUUGAGGCAUCAGAGGUCGGGGGGGAUUUUAUAGGCCAAGUCAACAACUUUGAACUGUUUGCUAUGCUAAACCCCAUACUGUACUAUACAUGACCGGCUGUGGUGCACUGGAUAUCUUUCUGUCACAGACAACGUUGAGUGUUCCAGGAUACUUUAAUCAGUUCACUAGUUUGUAAUUGAUAUUCAGUGUUGCUCAAGUCAGGUUAAUAUUAUGGCUGAUCGGUGCCUUUCUUUUUUUUUUCUUUUUUUUUUUGACUUGUGUGGUGUGCGUGUGCAGUAAAUUUUCGGUAUGAUAAAAAAAAAAAAUUAUGUGGAUAUCUUUAGUCAUAUUUUUCAGAGCCCCAGUGAACAGGUACCUAGCAGUAGUCAACUGUUGCAUCUAGAUGCUUUCAGGAUGUCCGGUUUCUUCACGGUCAAAGAAGUGGACCAGCUCAUCAUCACAACUGACCAACAGGAUGACACUCAACGGUUUUCAGAAGCUCUGUGACUGAUUUGAAAGGCCACCAUGAGUGCCAGAAAAGUGUUAUAGAAACUAUACAAAUGAUUGUAUUUACUGUAUUUUUUAUGCAUGUGUGAAUUAAACUUUGAAUCUCACUUUUUA